AUGACAGUCUCAUACUCAGCCUUAUUCCUAGCGCUCUUAACUAUCACUCGAGAUCACGAACCGGAUGAGGACCACCCGGCGCAGCUCAUCGAGGAGAAGGCCGUCAUGCGCGAUAUCGGCAUCCCCAGAAUCCUCGACCCGUCCUGGGUCCCCGGAAAUCUCACCCCUUCUCAGGCCGGUCGACUACACCAUUUCAUUGCAAAGGUUCGUCUCAAGCCCAACACAGAGAAAGCCGAGUUUGUUCACAGCGGCAUCGAUUCCGUGGGUGAGCGCAAGAUCUACAAGGCCUUCUUCCCGAAGAUUUCCCGCAAGAUAAACUCACUAGUCGAGCUGGCCAUGACUGAGCAUGGCGCCCACCCUCAAGAGAUUCUGAAGACGUCCAGGACCGACGAUUUCCCGAUGCCUGAUCAACUGUCGAACCUCGCACUCGUCCCGAUCAUGAUAUCGGUGUUUGGAGACAGCGUCCACAACGGUUCGGGGGUUAUCCUGGAUCGACACCUCCACGGGGUUGCGAAAUCGUUCCUGAACGCUGGAUAUGUUCGCCUUCGCAAGCAGUGGGCACGCGCUCGCUCCCAGAUCGACGAAAAGAUAGAGUACAUGGAGAAGCUCAUGAAGCCGCUGAGAGUGGCCAUUGAGGAGGAGGAUGACGUGCGACUCAAGGAUAUACGGAUGGCCAUCAGCGCAUGUCGGACCGUUCACAAUAUGGCCUGCUGGCUUCCGAGUUACCAGCUAGACGCCGAAGCCAACAUUAACCUCUUGCAGUCGGCGGUCGAUAACGCGCUGAAGAUGCCGGAUGACGCCAAAACCGACGCCGUCCACUCGAUAAAGCCGAACGCGGAGGAGAUGGUAAAAAAGGCGCGCGCGGCGGGACGACAACUGCGAAUUGCUAAAGUGGACUUGGCGAACAAGGAAGAGGUCUCCCGAACACUGCAAGAGAUCGUUACGCACCUGGAAACGUGUUUCGGCGAAGACGACGCAGCCCCCUACGCAUUGCGAAACAUCGACGAUGAAUUCGGCUUAGACGGGGACCUAGGCGUCGAAUUUGCCGCGAAACUGUCGUACGAAGACCUACAAGGCCUGCUGGGUUUCAUCGAUGGACGUCCAGCGAGUUGGAACCCAUAUGUACGCAUUGACGGACGUACAGAGUGGCAGAUUAUCGACGCCGAAGAAGAAAUCGAGGAUCUCAAUAACGCUAAUGGUGCACGGGCUGCCAGGCAGCCCACGACGGCGGCGUCUGCAUCGUCUCCCUCUCCCAUGUCGCAGGCCACUGGACAGCCCGAUUCGCCGGCUGGAGUCGAUACCACGACGGCAUCAUCUCCCUCUCCCAUGUCGCGGGCCACUGGGCAGCCCACGACGGCGGCGUCUGCAUCGUCUCCCUCUCCCAUGUCGCGGGCCACUGGGCAGCCCACGACGGCGGCGUCUGCAUCGUCUCCCUCUCCCAUGUCGCGGGCCACUGGGCAGCCCACGACGGCGGCGUCUGCAUCGUCUCCCUCUCCCAUGUCGCGGGCCACUGGGCAGCCCGAUUCGCCGGCUGGAGUCGAUACCACGACUUCAUCGUCUGCGUUGCGAGCAGGCUUUCAGAACGGUGGGCCAGGAUUCCUGGAGCAACGACUGCUCUGGCAUCAACUGGCUGGCACCUGCGGCAUCGUACGUGGGAUGUGGACGUCCGAAAGGGGUGAUAGGCCGCCUGGGACGUUGCUCGCUGACGGUGUGGGUGUCGGCAAAACGGCGCAGGUUAUGGCUUCCAUUGCGUUCAUACAGCAAGUUUACUUAAUCGAAACGACCAUCGAGGAGGGGAACACCGUCCUCAAGCGUCCUCCAAUUAUCAGCCAGUCAAAGUGGUUCAUGGGCGGGGACUCCGAUGAAGAGAUCGGAACCGUUCCCAAUUUAGCCCACCUGAUCGUCGUCCCGCUUUCCCUCAUCAGCCAAUGGCUGUCGGAGCUCCAUCGGUUUUUUCGCAAGGGAGCGGUCGAUAUCUUUGUUCUUCCAAACACUGCUGACGCAGUGCAACUCUUCUUUUUCGGCAAGAACACCGCGUGGAAACUGUCUCAGCACAAGGAAAUCAAUCACAUCGUUCUCUGUGCGCACUCCACUUUCACCUCUUUGACGGCGAGGACCUUUCGCUGCGGAAAAGACUCUGGCCUCAGAUACGUAGACCAAAAGCGCGACAAGAUAACUUCACCUCCCCCCCCGCGCACCAUUUUCGACAUUAAUUGGUGUAGCGUAUGGAUCGACGAGGCGCACUUGUUCCGAGGCCUCUCUCGCGGCUUUACCGGGGCGAUUGCCAUUGAAGAUAACGCCUACGUCGUCAAUUGCAUCACGGCGACUCCGCUGUAUACCCAAAUACGCGAUAUAUUCAACAUGGCCCGGAUGAUCGCUAUCUCGCGUUUCAGCGGUCCCGCAGGCGCGGAGUGGGAGCGAGAACUGAACAGUAGAAUCGCGAAGGAGAAACGCGCGAAUUCAAAGGCAGACAAGGACGCCGCAAGCAAACGAACCUUGGCAGUGAUGGCAGGGCAGCACGUCGACGACCACACUCCUGGCGUAGCCGUUCGUGCCACGCAGUACUCCGUUAUCCGAGAAAUCCAGUUCAACUUCCAUCCGCAUCUGAUCAGGCGAACGAUGGCUUCGAAGCAGCCUGAUGGCCGCCCCAUCAACGACAAAAUGCCCUCGAUUACUAGCCAUGUCAUAUCAAUAACGCUCACCGAGCGUGAACUCAAGAACCUCAACAUCUUGACUGAGAAACUCGGGCAGGGUGGGCGUACCGUUCCGACGGAUCUCAAUUUGAAGAACUUCUGGCUCGUAUACCGCACUGGCGUCGUAUUCUACAAGGAUCCCGGGCAAAAAAACUGGCCAAUAUUCGACGAACGUGGCAGGUCGGCUGAUGGUGGAUCCUAUAGGAAGUUCCCCAGCUCCAAGCUCGACACCUUGGGACUCCUCCUCAAACACCUCCUGAAACAUGACGACAUUGGGCAUCCCACCCAAGACGAAGACGGCCAUUUCAUCUGGCCUGACGUACCGUUCGUUCCCGAAGGCCAAGUCGCCCCCCGUCGUCGCCGGAUACUCGUGUAUCACGAGUUUACUAUGAUGGUCUCGACCAUCAGCUCUAUCCUCGCAUACAAAGGCAUCAAGACACUGAUUAUGAACGGGACGCUCAAGCGCGAAGAACGUGACCAAGUCAUCGACGAGUUCGUCCACGGCGAUGACCCAGAGAAACGAGUGUUGCUGUUCUCAUCCGUGGGGGCAGUAGGAUUGAAUUUGACAUGCGCAGACGUCGUAAUCAUGUUGGACACCAUAUGGUCCCAGGUCGGCGUCGAGCAAAUUAUCGGCCGGAGCGCCCGGCUGACGCAAGAUAAACCGGUCCACGUCUACUACCUCAUCGCCUUACAAACGACGGACGUCCUUAUGUCGACCUUAGCGCGAGAAAAGGGCGAAAUGUUGGAAACGUUACUCACGAAGGGUACAAACCCGGCCCUACAGAAGAUCCUCGACGGUGACGACGACGACGACGACGAGGAUAUUGAAAUCGAUAUGGAGAAGGAUGAGCCACAGUCUCGCUCAGCCAGAGCGUCGGGUAGCGGGAAAUCGAAGAGGCAGCCCCCGAAGGCAGCUGCGAAGGGGAAGGGGAAGAAGGCGCAGGCGAAACGGGCCACUCAGUUGCCCGCGGCAGACGAAGGGUCCUCAGAGGAGGAGCCAGCGGAGGAGCCAGCGAAGGGGAAGGGGAAGAAGGCGCAGGCGAAACGGGCCACUCAGUUGCCCGCGGCAGACGAAGGGUCCUCAGAGGAGGAGCCAGCGGAGGAGCCAGCGAAGGGGAAGGGGAAGAAGGCGCAGGCGAAACGGGCCACUCAGUUGCCCGCGGCAGACGAAGGGUCCUCAGAGGAGGAGCCAGCGAAGGGGAAGGGGAAGGCGCAGGCGAAGGGGAAGGGGAAGGGGACGGCGAAGCAGCCAGCGAAGGGAAAGGGGAAGUCGAGGGUGAAGUCGAAAGAUUUCAUCGAGUCUUCGGAGGGGGGACCAGCGGAGCCAGCGAAGGAGAAGACGAAGACGAAGAUGACGGCUAAACGGGCUUCCAAGGAGCCCGAGACCAACGCGAAGAAGAGGACGAAGAAUCGUACUGCUGCGCGGGAUUCCAAGAAGGACAUCAGCGAUAUGGACGAGGAAGGCGAUGAGGAGUUGGGCAAGAUGGCAAAGAAACAACGAACCGUUGUUCACCCGAGCGGCGAGGAAAGCGAGAGCGACGAGAAGGCGGCUGCGGCUGUACGGGCUUCCCAGUUGCCCGCAGACAGCUCGAACGAUGCACGCGAGGCGAUGGAUGUCGACGAACAGUCUGAACAAUGUGAACCACCUCAAGCACGCGUCUCUGUCACUCCGCCACCUUGUGGUCAACCCCCAAGAGCCACCCAAGCUCCUCCCUCAAGCAUGCAAACGACGGGCGCCACUCAAGGAUCGACCGGCACUGAUCCUAUGUCGCAGUGGGAUCACACGCAGGACAUGAACACUCGUACUCCGCGCUUCGUCGAUAUACGCGACGGGUCAGUUUACCCCCCCGUCGUCCACCCGCCUUCCGACGCCUUGGCGGAAUGGCGCGAAACCCUGAGGGAGUUCAUUCGAGAAAGCCAGUUCGAGGUCGACGAGAACGUCCUUGUGGGCACUCCGCCGCUAUCCAACAGCGGAUUGGAUGCCAAUAUGUUGGCCGCAUCUAUCAAUGAUAUCUCGAUGUAUGAGGAAUCCCCUCCGCCGCCCUCUGGAGGUACGCCACCCCGCAGUCACAAGCACAGUCGUCCCCCAGAGGAAGUCAGUCCCAAAGCAGACCGUCGCGCGCACAAACGCACGGCGCCAUCGUCUGAAGGUGAAGAUUUCACCACAGAGAUGGCAGGCGUCAGGGAUAGCUCCCCCACGAAUAAUAAUCCCUACAACUUAGCGAUUGGGGCGACUUCGCAGGUCGACGAACCAGUCCCCCCGCUCGCCUUCAAGCCUAUCAAAUCGAAGAAAGACGAUGCGACGGCGCGGUGUCUCUGGACGCGUGUGCUGUGCGGGCUGCCUAGUGGCCCGCGGCAGACGUCGAGACGGGCUGUCGAGAUGCCCGUGUGGUCGAGUGAACCUCUUCCAGUCGCCUUCGAAGCCACGGGCACCCAAGUAGCCCGUGGCGAGUCCUGCGUCUACCUCCCCGUCUCUUUGCCUCUACGCACCCUCUUCGCCGCUAUCGUCGGAUUCGGACCGUCUGAAAGUUGGACGGAGCGCGAAUGGGAGCAGUCGGGGUGCUGGACGUGUCGCGGGCCGUCUAGUCGCCCGGGGCUGCGAAGGGGACAAGUAGGUGGAUUCGGGCGUCGUUGCGGGCUGUCUGGUCGCCCGUGGUUGCGAGGGGUACGGCGCUUGUGCAAUUCGCACACCUUGCGUUUCGACAUGUCGUGGGCCCAACCAGAGCAAAUCGAGUUCCUCAACUCUCGCGUGCAGGAGUUCCAAGACUCAAUGGACUCCAAAUCGGAUCAAACCAAGUUCUGGGAGAGGCUGCGUACGGAUUGGAAGGCGAAGUGGGACUUGUCCGCGAAGCAGAGCAAGAGAUUCUCAACACAUUUCCGCCAGGAGAUGCGAAACCGGGGGGCCGACAGAAAGGCCGUCAACAAGGCCACGAAACCUGCUGAGAAGGCGGCUCCUAAGCGGACUCCAAGGAUCACUCCUUCUGGCAAGCCGACUCCAAGGAUCAUUCCUGGCGAUCUCAUCGAGGUUCAUCGCCAGCGAUCCCGCAGCCCAUCGUCUUCUGAUUACUCGCCAACCGCUGCCCAAUCCCCCCUCCGUGUUCAAUCGCCGACCCCGGCAAAAGACUCGCCAACGGCAGUCUCAUCCGACCUUUUCGGCGACUCGCCCGCACCUACUCCCCAUACGCACGUCUCGACAGAGUUGGUCCCGUCGUCACAAUCCCCGGGAGUUCCUGUUUUGCCCCCCGCGAGAGUCUGGUCAAGGGAGCUCACCAAGUCCCUCGCGUUCCACCUGGAGUUGCCGGGGAUCGCGCGCGACGACGUCGACCUGAUUGUUCAAGGCCAGAUGCUCUCGGUAUCCGCGCAAACUAACAAUGUUGCAUACCAGUGGUCGAAAGACGUAGGGGGCCAAGUAGUCCCUGAAAGUGUCCGCGCUGGGCUCGCCGAUGGCGAGUUACGCAUAAUCGUGAACGUUGACUGCACUGUAGAAGUCAACAAAAAUUGGACGAACUUCCACGUCUCCGACACAUGUCCGUGGUAG